AUGGCGGAAGAGGUCAAAAUCGAUAGAGAGCUUUUUCACAGCCGUCUCUCUCACCUGAUCUCUACUUGGAAGAAUGACAAACGAUCAUCAACCGACGCGUUGUUUGCUGGAGCUGGCUCAAUAGUGAUAAUACUUGGGAAGAACGAAGAAGUUCCAACAUAUCACAAAAGUAAUGCUCUGCAUUCAUGGCUACUGGGCUACGAAUUUCCAGCUACUUUGAUGGUAUUCACGCCAGAAUCCCUCACCGUUGUCACAACUGCGAAAAAGGCAAAACAUCUUGAAGCGCUGAAAGGUGGCAAGAUUCAUCUCGAAGUUCUGGUGCGAGGCAAAGAUUCAGAAGAGAAUGCAAAACAGUUUGAAAAGUGCCUAGAUGUCAUCAAAUCUGCCGGAAAAAAAGUCGGAACCUUACCAAAAGAUACUGCCGCGGGGCCGUUUGCCGAUGAGUGGAAGAAAGCCCUUGGUGAUGUUUCAAAGGACGUCGAAGAGGUUGAUAUCUCCACGGCACUAUCCGCUGCGGCUUUCUCCGCCAAAGAUGAGACUGAGCUGCGUUCAAUGCGCAACGCCUCGAGAGCAUGCACAGGCAUGCUAACCGAAUACUUUGUGGAGGAAAUGUCGUCGAUACUGGACGAGGAGAAGAAAGUCACCCACAAGAGCUUGCAAGACAAGAUCGAUGGGAAACUCGACAAUCCCAAGUUCUUCAAGGGUCUCAAGACAAAAUUACCUUCCGAUUUUGAUAGCAGCCAGCUUGAUUGGGCGUAUGGCCCCACUAUCCAGAGUGGUGGUCAUUACGACUUGAAAUUAUCGGCGCUCUCGGACGACAAGAACCUUCACGCUGGCAUCAUCAUUGCGGGACUCGGGCUACGUUACAAGAGUUAUGCUUCGAUGGUCGCGCGAACUUUUAUGGUGGAUCCGAACACGUCUCAAGAGCAGAAUUACAAAUUAUUGAGUUCGAUACAGGAUAUGCUGAUACGUGAGGCCCGGGAGGGUGUAGUAAUCAGAGACCUUUACAACAAAGCUAUUGCCCUUAUCAAGAACAAGAAACCGGAUCUAGAGAAACACUUUUUGAAGAACAUCGGUGGAGGUGUGGGCUUUGAGACUCGAGAUCCAACUCUUGUCAUCAAUGCACGAAACACAAGGCAAUUGAAAGACGGCAUGACCUUAACGUUGGCUCCUGGGUUCACCGAUCUCUCGAACCCGAGCCCACAGGACAAUAAGAGCAAGAAUUACAGCCUCUUCCUCUGCGAUACGGUCCGAGUCCUAGGCAAGCAGGAUGACGCAGCCAAUUUCACAAAUGGUGCUUCCAGUGAAAUUGGUACUGUCUCGUUCUAUUUCAAAGACGAAGAGGAAGACGAAGCGCCCAAGGAAAAAUCGAAGAAGAAAGACCCAAAAGUCGGCGCAGUUGCAUCCAACAACAUUGUGAAGACCAAACUUCGAGAUAACCGUGGAAAGCAAACCGAUGAUGGUGCGGAGGCUAGGCGGCGUGAGCAUCAGAAAGAGCUUUCCGAGAAGAAACAACGCGAAGGUGUCGCCAAUUUCAGCGAGGCGACUGGUGAUGCCAACGGGGUUCAACAGAAGAAAUUCAAGAAAUUCGAGUCUUACAAGCGGGACAAUCAGUUUCCUUCCAGAGUGGGUGAGUUGGCCAUUGUAGUCGACGAAAAGGCUUCAACAAUUGUUCUGCCCAUCAUGGGCAGACCGGUACCUUUCCACAUUAACACCGUAAAAAACGCUAGCAACAGCACAGAGGGAGAAUUCGCCUACUUACGAAUCAAUUUCUUGUCGCCAGGCCAAGGCGUUGGACGCAAAGACGACCAGCCCUUUGAAGAUCCUACAGCUCACUUUGUGCGGAGCCUUACUUUUAGAUCGACAGAUGCUAAUCGUAUGUCGGAUAUUGCGGAUAAAAUAACUAAUCUCAGAAAGGCAGCGGUACGCCGUGAGCAGGAGAAGAAGGAGCUGGAGGAUGUUGUAGAGCAGGACCAGCUCAAAGAGUUGCGACAUGCAAGGCCACAGCACCUCGAUAAUUGCUACGUACGCCCAGGCUUGGAAGGUAAACGGAUAACUGGCGAGGUCCAAAUACAAGCGAACGGCCUGCGCUAUUUCGAUGCUCGUGGCCAGCGAGUUGACGUUCUAUUCAGCAAUAUCAAGCAUCUUUUCUUCCAACCCUGCACUCACGAACUCAUAGUCAUCAUCCAUGUGCACCUUAAAGAUCCUAUCAUGAUUGGUAAGAAGAAGGCUAAAGACGUGCAAUUCUACCGAGAAGCCACGGACAUGGCAUUCGAUGAGACCGGCAAUCGGAAGCGCAAACACCGCUAUGGCGACGAAGAAGAAUUCGAACAGGAACAAGAAGAGCGUCGACGCAGGGCACUACUCGACAAAGAAUUCAAGAAUUUUGCAGAGAAGAUCAACGCAGCUUCUCCCGACACAGGCACGGACAUUCCAUUCCGAGAACUUGGCUUCAACGGAGUUCCUAACCGCUCUAAUGUCCUCAUGCAACCAACACAAGACUGCCUUGUCCAGCUCACAGAACCUCCAUUCACAGUCAUCCCCCUGGACGAGCUCGAAAUCGUCCAUCUCGAACGUGUCCAAUUCGGCCUCAAAAACUUCGACAUGGUCUUCGUCUUCAAGGACUUCCAUCGGCCCCCAGCUCACAUUAACACCGUCCCCGUCGAAGCUCUCGAGAAUGUCAAAGACUGGCUCGACAGCGUCGAUAUCUCCUACAGUGAAGGCCCCCUCAAUCUUAAUUGGAGCACCAUUAUGAAGACCGUUACUGCGGACACCCACCAGUUUUUUAGGGAUGGCGGAUGGAGCUUCCUCACGAUGGAGAGCGAUGAUGAGGAAGAGGAGGAGGAGGAUGAGGAGAGCGCGUACGAGAUGAGUGAGAGUGAUUUUGGGGCGAGUGAGGAGAGUAGUGCGGACAGUGAGUUUGACCAUGAUGCUAGUGCUGAUGAGGGGGAUGCUAGUGAUGAUGAUGAGAGUGGGGAGGAUUGGGAUGAACUGGAGAGGAAGGCGAAGAAGAAGGACCGGGAGGGAGGAUUGGAUGAUGAAGAGAAGCCGAAAAAGAAAAAGAAAUAG